AUGCCUUCAAUGACUAAUCAAGAGCCUAUUGAACACCGCUUGCUCUUGUCGAUUACCGGUGGAAACACUGGGGAAACCAAGGACGUCAACCGCUGCACCAAGAUCUUUGCUCAGGCUGGCGCCGACUCGCAGCAGUUCCGCAACCUCUUCUGA